AUGACCCAAAACGGCGCCGUGCCUGGCCUCACUCUCGAUGGCAAGGUCUUUGCCAUCACAGGCGGGGCUUCCGGAAUAGGGCUGGCUACAGCAAAGAGUCUCGCUCGAAAGGGCGCAAUGGUCUGCUUGGGCGAUGUGGACCAAGCCGCACUAGACAGCGCAGGCUCCUUCUUCGCUUCUCAGAAGCGCAGCUUCAAAACGUCAAUACUGGAUGUCUCGAAGCGGUCCGACGUCGAGUCGUGGAUCGGAAGUAUCGUAUCGGAGUUUGGACGGCUAGACGGGGCUGCUAAUGUCGCCGGGAUUAUUGGAAAGGGCCACGGAAGGGAUGCUGUAACGGACCUAGAUGACGGCGAGUGGGACCGGAUCAUUGCUGUAAACCUGACCGGGAUGAUGUACUGCUUAAGGGCCGAACUGAACAAAGUGGUCGACGGGGGUACCAUUGUAAAUGUUGCUUCCAUUCACGGGACGAAGGGGUUCGCGCGUCAUGCCGCAUAUGAUGCCAGCAAGCACGGGGUGAUAGGGUUGACGAAGGCCGCUGCCCAGGAGAAUGGCCCCCGCGAGGUCCGAGUGAAUGCCGUCGCUCCGGGAUCGAUAUACACACCUCUCAUGCAGAAACAUUGGGAUCUGAGUGGCAGGCCCGCAGACGCACCUUUCGACGAACCAAGUGCUUUCCAACGACACGGAACGGCGGAGGAGGUAGCAAACGUCAUUGUCUUCCUCCUUGGUCCAGAGAGUACGUUUGUGAGCGGCAGUGUAUACGCAGUGGACGGAGCUUGGACGUAG